GGGUGCAGGGGAUGCGGAGGCAGGUGCACGGCAGCCAGACCCGCUCCCGGAGGAGCCCCGCAGGAUGAGUAAUGUCACACGUGCCUUGCCCUCUCAUGAGUCGCCCGGCACCCAAGGGUCCAGCACAGUGGAUGGGCAGGCCUCAGCACCCUCAUCCCCAGCCCCUGCCCUGCUCACGGCUGCGCACAACGAUUCCCAGCAUGACCAGCAGCUUUUUCUGACCACAACAGCGGCACAGGUCAUCUCUGGCAUCUUUGUGUGGUCAGCACUCAUCAUCACCUUCCACCAGAUCUACACACACCUGAGGAAUUACACUGUCCCCAAGGAGCAGCGCUACAUCAUCCGCAUCCUCUUCAUCGUGCCCGUCUAUGCCUUUGACUCCUGGCUCAGCCUCCUCCUCCUCGGAAGCCACCAGUACUACGUCUACUUCGACUCGGUGCGCGACUGCUAUGAAGCUUUUGUGAUUUACAGCUUCUUGAGCCUGUGCUUUGAGUACCUUGGAGGGGAGAGCACCAUCAUGACAGAGAUCCGAGGGAAGCCCAUUGCGUCCAGCUGCUUUUAUGGGACCUGCUGCCUUCAGGGUAUGUCCUACUCCAUCGGGUUCCUGCGCUUCUGCAAGCAGGCCACGCUGCAGUUCUGCAUUGUGAAACCCCUCAUGGCAGUCAUCACCAUCGUCCUGCAGGCGUUUGGGAAGUACCACGACGGGGACUUCAAUGUCCGAAGCGGCUACCUCUACAUCACCAUAAUCUACAACUUCUCCGUCAGCCUGGCACUUUAUGCCCUCUUCCUCUUCUACUUCGCCACCAUGGACCUGCUGCGCCCAUUUAAACCAGUCCUCAAGUUCAUCACCAUCAAGGCAGUCAUCUUCCUCUCCUUCUGGCAAGGGACACUGCUGGCAAUCCUGGAGAAAUGUGGGGUGAUCCCUGAAGUUCAGAUCAUUGAUGGGAAGGAGGUGGGAGCUGGGACAGUGGCUGCUGGCUACCAGAACUUCAUCAUCUGCAUCGAGAUGCUCUUUGCAUCCAUUGCCCUGCGCUACGCAUUCACUUGCCAGGUGUACAGAGAGAAGAAAGAAAACUCAGCAGCAAACCUUGCCCCGAUGCAGAGCAUCUCAAGCGGGCUGAAGGAGACCAUAAGCCCCCAGGACAUUGUGCAGGAUGCGAUCCACAACUUCUCGCCCACAUACCAGCAGUACAUCCAGCAGUCAAUGCAGGAGGCAGAGCACAAAGCACCAGGGGAGAAUGGGCAUGUAGCCUCCAAGACACAUGGACCGAGCAGCAGAAAGAGCAAAAACAUUGAGAAGAGAGUGCUGAUCCCGUCCGAUGAGGAGCUGUAGGAGACACUGGAGAGGACAGUGACACUGGAGAGGUUUAAACCCAUGCAAAUGGGAUGUGUCUCAAGGCUGAGAUAACCUGGUCUAAUCAGAGUAUGAAGAAGCCAGGAACUCUACCCAAUAAGCCAGUUCCUUGAAGGGAAGAUGCAAUAACCCAGGGAAAGGUUAAAACAAACAGUGCCAGCUUCUGCUGUCCCAUCUCUACUGGUGUUAAGGAUGGGGCUGUCUUUGCUUCUGCAACUAAGCAGCCCUGCGUUGCUGCCCAAUGCUUGUGUCUCUGUGCCAGCCCCAUGCCCACGCUGGGGGAUGCCAGGCAGGGAGGGGGGGGCAGGCUGCAGGACAGACCAGCCACCCUCACCCUCCUCUUACCUCCAAGCAGUGCUGAGGCCUGAGAGGAAUGCUUUUCUCAGCACAGUUCUGCUCUAGUUUCUCCUGAUUUGAGUAAAAAUUGAUCUCCAAGGGCCCCGUGGAGAAAACCGGCCCAGGAAGGUGACUUCACUUCACCUCAAAACCCGGUAACGGUUGAAAGACGUCAUUCUUUAUUUUUACAUCUUUUCCCCCUCUCCUUCUCCCAGAAAAGCCUACUGAGUUGCGCAGAAGACCUUUACCAGGGAGGAAGAGAAGUCAUCCUCUUCUCCUUCCAGAUGGAGAUGCAGCUGCCUGCGUAACUCCCCCGGGGAUCUGCGGUGGAACCUUGCUCCGGACUAAUGCGGGGUCUUGCAGCUGCAUUUCUGAGAGCUGCCUGUGACAGAAGUGCUUGUUUAUGUCUAAACCAGCUUAUCUCAGAAUGGAUCAGAAGUUAAAAGGGAUUCCAGCUUCCUUAUCAGAGUCUUUAUUAGGGAACCAGACUGUGACUGCUGGUGGUAGGAAUGCGCUUACUGGGAACUGUGUGUUCCUCCUAACCCUUCACUAUUUACCGUCCCUGGGCUUUGCCCAACCUGUGGGAAGACAGGCGGGAGCUGUGCCCAGCUGGGUGAUGGUGGUGGGGAUAGGGACGCUGGGGGAUGCUGUUGCUCAGAGCAGGACUGCUGGUGCGGGAAGACAGGGCAUGGGAGGAUUCUCCCCAUAUCAGCGAUGGACAGUGCACAUCCUUCUGUUAAACUUCCUCUCUUCCUCCUCCCCAAUUUUUAGUCCAAUUUCUAUUCCCUUGUUAAUCAGAAGAUCCCUGGGAACUUACUUUGGCACCGGCUGGGCUGUCGUUUGAGGGUGGAAGCUGGGUAGUGGAAGGACGAGGGCAAGUCUGCAACCUCAGAUUUGCAGUCAUUUGGCAAACCAACCAAUGAAUAAGGCUUAGAGCUGUUUUACACACAACUCCUAGCGUCUUGGGUUUUUUCCUCUGCUCUUAAGCUGCAAAAUGUAAAUCACAAUGUGAAAUUAUUUUAUUUAUGAGGGUUUUUUCUAAUAAACAGCAGUUUCUACCAGGGAGUGAGCAAGUGUUUUCACUUAGCUCAGCAAGCAGAGUCCACGAUCUGCCUGUUCCUGCUCUAAUGCUGAUGCUCUUAAGCUCAACGUCCUCUCUGCCCCUCAAUGCUGGCCCAGCAGAAAUACCUGCACACGCAGCAUCCUGCACAUUUUGGCAUUCCACAGGAUUUGUGCUCAUCUUUUUCCCUUCACAAAGAGUGUGCGUGUCCCCCGCUUCCUCUCCUUGUGCUGCACCUCUUCCAACCCUUGCCUGGGCUGUGGAUGCAGCAGUUCAGAGCUGCUGGAUCUGCUGUAGCCAAACAAAACCCAGACUCCAGCACCACCAAGACAACCUCUAUUUAUUAUUAUUGGAGAAGUCUUACUGUGCUGGAAGCCCGGACUCCACACGAGCAGCCUAUAGCUAAGCCAGUCUUGCAAGUCCCUCUGCUCCAAAGCACCACUGCUUAUACCUGUUCAGCCAGCGAGACGGCUGCCACUUCUCCUGCGAUGAGAUCCAUAAACAAGAGCCAUAUGCUCCAUGCAUCCAGGCAUCCAUCCAGGGUCUUGCGCAUCCUGGGAGCAAGACUGUCCUGCCCACAAAGCGCAGCCUCAGUGCUCAGGGACGAGGCUGCUUGGCUUUGUAAUGCAGCCAGCACCGAAGCGGGGACAUCUCUGAGCUGAACAUCUUGGUCUUCUCCAACCCUCGGGGAAAGGGCCGGCCACAGCUGCAGGAACAGAGGCUGCUCCGGCUCCCGGGGUGAGGACAGACUGCAAAGGUGGUGAUGGCACAUCUGCUGGUGAGCUCGCAGCCGCUGAGAUAAAGACUUGCACAAGAACACAGCAAGAAACAUAGUUGUACUUCACUGCACAAAUGAUCGACUCUGGUGCAUAAUGGGCUGCAUUCAUUGCUCUUGCCAGCAGGUGCAAUUCCCACUGCAGACAGUAACAUUUGCCUAUUUAUGUCAAGCCCUGAUUACUGUAUUAUAUGUAAAACAGGUUCUUCUUGCAAGCAAAACAAGGGGGGUGGGGGGUGAGGGGAAUCAGCUGUGACUCAUCCAAGUCAACAGCAUGAUACCAGCCUGAAGGAGCCGUGCUGGGCUGGACACCAGCUGGCUGCUGCACUGUGCAACAGCAGGCAACACUCCUCUCUCCAGCAGGCGCGAGCUUGGCCUCCCGGUCGUCCUUUUUCUUGGAGAAAGGAGAGAGGCAAGAGCUUACGGCUCAGGCUGGGCCCUGUCACGGCCCUCAGGCCGUCACACUGUCAAAACACUUCCACAGGGGACAGAAACACCAACGGUGUCGUAGGCUGAAUGAAUUCCCCCGCAGACACGGUCCUGUGCUCCUCUGCUAACACAUCUCCUCCACCUCUUCAGUAAGGACGCAGGGAAUGCUGGCGAUGAGCACACGGGUGACCUACACAGGAGCCCGGCUGUGCCUGGAGCCACGCCAGCAGGCAGCUUGGGAGGAACAGGCUUCUCUCGCUGCCAGCAGCAGGCUCUGGUGGUCGGCAGAUUUGUUUUCCAGUUGUCGCUCGUCCUCAGGCUUUCCCCAAGGACGAGACGGGGCUGUAUCGGUCCUCCCGGUGCUUUUUGGGCUGGUGUCGGGCAUGCAUCCUGGUGGGGCAUGCUCUGCCAUCGCACCCACCAGAGCUAGCGCCGACCGCGCUUCCCACCAGCGGAGGGGAAGGAAGGUGGCCGCCAGUGCCGCAGCGGAGCCAGUGCUCUCACACAUGGCUGCUUGCCUCACAACACCCAGUCGGAGGCAGAGAGGCUUUUUUUUGGGUGCUAGCCACCCACCAGCCAGCCCCUGGGUCCAGCUGCUGAGAGGCAGCAGGCUGCCAGACCUGCAUCGGAGAGCAGGAUCCAUGCUUUUGGAGGCCUGUUGGCAAAGAUGUUUCUCCCCCCAGUUCCAGGACCUUCUCCUCCCAUAACCAUGGUGAAGGUUGUUGCCUCUCACUGCUGCACCUCCACCAGGCCCAUUCCCAACACUUUUUUUCCUCCUGAACUAACCCUCCUCCAUCCUUCUAAUAGACAUGGCUGGGCUGGCCCACCUCCCUCUCUCCUGGUCGCCGACCCUCCAGGCAGGAGCUGAAGCAGCUGAUGAUUUUCUUGCUCAGCACAGUGACUGCAAUUGCCCCCCAGGCUUCACCCACAUCCCGGCUCAGCCAAGCCUGCCUGACCCCACCUCUGCGCCUAAUGACCAUCCAUUACCUGCUGACACACAAAGCCUUCUCAGCCCUGCUUCUCUCCACUUUGCUCUACCUCUAAUUCCGACCUCGGCCAACGCACCCAUCUGUCUCCAACCUCUUGCCUCAACCCAGCACAUGCCAAGUGUUUUCCUCCUCCUGCUGUCCCCUGAAGAAAAUCCACCACUUCGAAUAGGGGAUUAAAGCUAUCACAGCCCCUAGGAGCUCACAGGCACAAGGUACCAGGCUCUUUAAAGCCCAAACAGGUAAAAACAGAAAGAUGAAAUAUGGAUGCAAGGGGUCAAAGCAGUUGAUUCACAAGCAGUCGCAUAGGAAACCAGUGAAGGGACAUUGCACAACCCAAAGGAGGAGAAGGGAGCAUCUUCUCCAGCACUGUGACCUGUCUCACAGCACAGGGUCUCCAAGCCAUGAGUGGCCUUGCACAGCCACCUCUCACCAUCAUGACUGCAACAGCCUUGCGCUACCAUAAAUACCCACCGACUAUAUGCAAAGGCACAGCCUGUGUUAGAACAGAUAGAGGUGGUCCAAGCGUGGGAUCUACCAGACAAGCAGCUUGGACAAGAGCUACCCCUUAAGCAUGUUCCAAACACGCCAAGGAAGCUCCACAGCAAGGCUGGGAGAUGGGCGAGCUGGCUGUGCCGGGCUGGGUCAGAUGCUUGCAAAAGCCCGACAGCAGUCACACUCACCCUAGUCCAGCCUGCCUCCCAAAAAAC